AUGGCAUCAGACAAAGAUGUACGACCUAGAUUUGAAGAAACAACUGGUAACAAGACUGCACGGAAGAUCAGAGAAAACCCCAUGGUACCGAUAGGCAUGGCUGGAUUUUUUGCUGCUGUUGUAUAUGGAAUCAGAAACUAUAAGAAAAGACCCAAAACGAUGACUUUAUCCAUGUACAUAAUGCGGUUCCGAGUGUUUGCCCAGAGUAUAGCUGUGGGAGCCAUGGGCCUGGGCAUUGGCUAUGCAAUCUUGAGGGAACAGUUCAAACCCACAGAAAACCCUGAGGAGGCAAAGAAGAAGAAAACCUAA